UAAUUAUUCUAUAAUGUAUGUAUCCACAUAUUCAUAUACCUAUUUAUGUUUAUGCACUUAUUAAUAAUUCAUAUACUGGUAUAUUUAUUUAUGAAUUUAUGUUUAUAUGUUUAUGUGUGUUUAUGUGUAUACCCGACAUAUAUUACUACAUUAUUUUUAUUCGCUUUACGCGGCCACUUAAUUCUUAUUUUAUAUACAUACACAUAUACCAACAAAGUUAUUAAUUAUUUAAUGAUAAUUCUAAAUACGAAAUUUAUACGAAAUUUACUAUGUUGAGUUCGGCAUAAUAUCCUGUAUAUUCAUGGUGGUUAAAAACGCCACUACAAGUCACAGCUCUCGUCCGUCUAUAGUUCAUGUUUCUACGGAUUCGCUGCCGACAAGAUGGCGGCCGCCGAGAACCAAACUCGCGUGAGUAAAUUCAAAUAAUCAUGUGUAUCACAUACUCACGAUUUCCUCGAUUCCAGUGCUCAAUUGUUGUCCAUCGCCCUAAUCACCUCCACACGCACCAGGUGGGCCACUUCGCACGACCAUUUCAUCGUUACACUACGUAUACACACCUCCAUUGCACGUGCAAAGCACUUAUACCUCGAACCUCACUAAGGAAGACAGAUUGCGAUAUCUCCACCACCCGUCUCAGGAAGAUAGAUAGCGAUAAUCUCCAUCGUCUACCUCGGAUAAGAAUCAAACACUCCAUCAACCCACUAUAUGGACCAAAAUUUAUUGCUUUUAUUUUAUGACCUACGCUUCCUGCGUUCUCAUUUACCAAUAAAAUACCUAU